GCAGUCAAACAUCUAUUCCAAAAACGAGAAUCGAUGCUUGCACCAAAAAUCGAUAAUAUCGAUGCUUGAAUCGACUUUUUCCCAGCUUUAUAGUACAAGAUCAGCUGGAUAACAAAACAAACACGACCGAUUAAAAUUAAUACCUGCAACAUCUACAAUAUGAACGAGGAGGAAUUGCGCCUUAAGACCUUUGAGAACUGGCCACUGGAGUGGUUAGAUAAACAUAAACUGGCCCAGACUGGCCUAUAUUAUACACAAGUUCACGACAUAGUAAAGUGUUUUUGUUGCGGUGUGGAAAUCGGACGGUGGGAGCCGGAGGAUCAACCUGUGCAGGAACAUCAACGAUGGUCGCCUAAUUGCCCGCUGUUGUGCCGACGCACAACCAACAAUGUACCGAUCAAUGACGAAGCAUUGGAUCGCGUCCUGCCGCCUAUCAGCUACGACAACUUCAUCGCCAACCGAGUAUUGCCUGCCCCCAAGGCGAAUGCGGAUGUCCAGCCGGAAACGUAUAGUGCACCAACCGCAAGUUGCAAUUAUUUUUCCGAGUCUCAUGAGUAUCCCGAGUAUGCCUUAAAAUCGUCGCGCCUGCGCACCUUCAAAGGGUGGCCAAGAAACCUAAAGCAAAAGCCCCGCCAGCUGGCCAUGGCGGGUUUCUUCUAUACGGGCCGUCAAGAUCGCGUCCGUUGCUUCAGUUGCGGCGGAUGUUUCCAUGGUUGGGACGCCAACGACGAUCCCUGGGAACAGCACGCCUUAUUGCUGAGUCAGUGCCAUUUCGUCAAGCAGUAUAUCAAUACGUUGGACGCCAAACAAAAAAGUAAAUUUAAAGGUUAACAGUGUUAACUUACCACCGGGUUGGAUUAUUAUUAAACAUUAAGUGUAUUAAUUAUUUUUAUUAUUAAUAGACAUAGUUUGUGAACUUGGUUUAUGUUUAUUUAACAAAAUUGAAUAUAUUAUAAGAUACUAUAAUAUACUAAGGAAUAUAAUUGUUGCCAAACUUGUUAGUUUUGGUUUAAUUAAAUCAUAA